AUGUACAUAUGUGUCAGAUUUCCAGCUAAAAGAAGAGUAUUAUCCAAUAUAGAAUAUGCUAAUUUAAAUAAAAAUGCCAAACAUUCUUACGCUUUGAAUUAUUGUAAACUAUAUUCUACAAAACCUAACUUUGCAGUACAUUUUAGACCUAGUUGUGUAUUAUAUUCUAGAGAUAUAAAUCAUAACAUCUUUCGAAACUUUGGUACUUUAACCUCUGGAAGCUCAGCCGUUAAAGAUAACCCUGUUCACGCGUAUUUGGUUCAAAGAGACCACUCAAAAGAGUCUGAAUCCCAGGAAGAUAUAAACAAAACAAUAAUUUCUAAACUUGAUCACUUAACCAAACACCUGGAAGUAAAAUUGGACUCAAUUGCAUAUGACCUGAACCAUAAUGAACACCAAUAUAAUUAUAUUCACCCCUCACAUAGGUACCCUAAGGAAUCCUUUUCAUCUGAAGGUUUUAUUAACCUUUCACUGACUAACAGUGAACUAUACACUAAUUUUGUGUCCGAAAAUAGAAUUCGGCAAUUUGAAGAAUCAACAAUAAAUCGCAAACUAAAACCCUCAACAAGACUGUUUAAUCAAAAAGGAGUACAAUUACAAUUUAACGAAAAUGAAAUUCAAACUGUUCAGAGUCUUUUGGAUGCAAACAUCUCAAACAUGGUUAAAACAAUUACAUUUGAACAGUCGAUUUUGUUGAUAAAGAGAAUGUAUCUUCUAGGUCUGAGUGUAUCAUAUAAUAACUUUUGUGAACUCUUAAAUUCACUUAAGUCUCUCAAUAGACUUUCACCCAAGGAGUUGGUUGAGCUGGCGAUUUGUGUGAGAGCGUAUGUGGACUCAGAUAACAGUUUUCUGCGAUAUUUUAUGGUUUCAAUAGGAUCAACAAUGCAGAAUAAAGUUUCAGCCUUUGAGGAAUUGCCGAACGAAAAAUUAAUUGACUUUUUGUUUCCACUCUCCUUAAUGCAGUUUAACGCACACCCAUUUUCCUGGUUAAUCGUCUCAAACCCGAAAAUCUUGAACAAAAUCACUGAGGAGUUCGACACUCUUCCAGUGGACUACAAGGCGAAACUCUUUACAAUACUAUCAUCACUAGUUUCAUCACCUGAAAUCACGAGUAAAUACUACAGCGUCUACGAAACAUUGAUUAAUUCACUGCAAGAAUCAAUCAAGUCAAUCAGCUCUAAUGAAAUAUUAAGUAUGAUGAGCAUUAAUGUAUGUUACCCAAAUUUUGAGGUACUGAGAGAGGCUCUGUUCAAAGAAGCUCUGAACAGGUGGAGUGAUUUCCCAUCUAACUCACUGGCGAUGCUGUACUUGAAGCAUAAAGACGAAAUCCCAAGAGAGUGUUCUGACCAGUUUUUGGAGAAUUUGGGACUUAACCUGAGAUCGUUGAGCCCAAAGUACCUCCCAGAGCUGUACUGUACCCACCUCAAAAACGGACAAUUAUCAAAGAAACAGUGUAGAUCCUAUGAAUACUACCUGGGUUUGAGAUACACGUCACUCACAAUAAGGAACAUUUCGAACCUUUUAAUGUACCUAAGCAUUAACGGGAAGAGCACUUGCAGAAUCUAUGGCCAUAUAAUUAGAAGAUUCCAGCAACUAAAGGAUUCAAACUCGCUCAGCAAUCAACAGCUUCUGGAUGUCGUGUUAUCAAUGUCGUUGGUUGGGAUUCAUACAAGAAAUGUCUGGAACAACGUAAACCUAUCAAAUUUGGUGUUCCAAACACCCAAAAAUAUACUAGUCUACCUGGGCUACGCAUUUCUCAUAACUAAUCUCAAGGAUCAUAAGUUAUGGAACGUACUUCUACAAAGAAUAUUGGGAGAGAAUAAGCAUUAUAACUCAGAAACGUAUGAAGUGUUAAAGUCAGCUGAAAUAUUAAAGUUCAUUCCGAAAGAUCAGCUUAACUCCACAUUUAACCGUCUACUUCAACAGUGCAAACCACUCUACUUUUCAAAAUUAGCGAGACAAAGAUAUAGAUCGAAAGUGCCGUAUGAAAAAAUAUUCGAAAAGUUGGAAGUUCGAUAUAAAAAGGAAAUCAUAAUCAACGAACUGUACGAAGCGCCAUACGUGUUGCCGGAGUUUGGAAUAAUAAUUGAACCCACCAGAGAUCAAAUAAAACAUCAAACGUCAGGAUGUAUGAUUGGAGAAGCUAUGCUAAGGCAAAGAGUCUGGAGCAAAUUAAACUAUAGAACAUUCUCAUUCCACGAUUCGGAAUGGGAGCAAUUUUAUAGAGAAGACGCAGAUGGGAAUUCCUGGGACAUUGACAAGAUGGUGAUGUUCUUCUGCAAGAAUACGAGACUAAAUCAUCUAGUUUCUAGCAAAGGUAUGAUUGAAAUUUAUGGAAUUUUUCAGGCCAAGAAAGACGACCGAUGCUGA